GGCAUUGUGGGCCGCCGCGCUGCCUGGGUGUCCUCGCCAUGUCGGGCUCCCCGGUGAAGCGGCAAAGGAUGGAGAGCGCGCUGGAGCAGCUGAAGCAGUUCACCACCGUGGUGGCCGACACGGGCGACUUCCACGCCAUCGACGAGUAUAAGCCACAGGAUGCCACCACCAACCCGUCCCUGAUCCUGGCUGCUGCGCAGAUGCCCGCCUACCAGGAGCUGGUGGAGGAGGCCAUUGCCUACGGCAAGAGGCUGGGCGGGUCACAGGAGGAACAGAUUCAAAAUGCCAUUGAUAAACUUUAUGUGCUGUUUGGAGCAGAAAUACUGAAGAAGAUCCCAGGCCGUGUAUCCACGGAAGUAGAUGCGAGACUCUCCUUUGACAAGGACGCCAUGGUGGCCCGAGCCAGGCACCUCAUCGAGCUCUAUAAGGACGCCGGGGUCAGCAAGGACCGGAUCCUGAUAAAGCUGUCGUCCACCUGGGAAGGGAUCCAGGCUGGAAAGGAGCUGGAGCAGCAGCACGGCAUCCACUGCAACAUGACGCUGCUCUUCUCCUUCGCCCAGGCCGUGGCCUGCGCUGAGGCGGGGGUGACGCUCAUCUCCCCCUUCGUGGGGCGCAUCCUGGAUUGGCAUGUGGCCAACACGGACAAGAAAUCAUACGAGCCCUCCGAGGACCCUGGUGUGAAGAGUGUCACCAAAAUCUACAACUACUACAAGAAGUUCGGCUACAAGACCAUCGUCAUGGGCGCCUCUUUCCGGAACACGGGCGAGAUCAAGGCGCUGGCAGGCUGCGACUUCCUCACCAUCUCACCCAAGCUCCUCGGGGAGCUGCUCAAGGACAACAGCAAGCUGGUGCCUAUGCUCUCGGCCAAAGCAGCCCAGGCCAGUGACCUGGAGAAGAUCCACCUGGACGAGAAGGCCUUCCGCUGGCUGCACAACGAGGACCAGAUGGCCGUGGAGAAGCUCUCGGACGGGAUCCGCAAGUUCGCGGCUGACGCCGUGAAGCUGGAGCGGGUGCUGGCGGACCAGAUGUUCAGUGCUGAGAACGGGAAGUAGCCUGAGGCGGGCCACAGGGCGGUGCUGGCUUUGAACCUGGAUCUAAUCACACCUGCUAGUGGCCUCUUGCGUUUUUUUAACACUUGGAGGAGGAACCGUCUGUAGCUUUCUGAUUUCACGUAAAACUGCCUGAUCAUUAAAGCAGCCUUGUUUCUGU